GUGGAAGAGCAGCAGGAGAGCGUGGUGAAGGUCCAGGCCGACUUCUCUGUGUACCGAGCCAAUCACGUCCACUCGGACUCGGACUACAACACCCAGCUGUCCCACGUCCAGGAACUACAGCAGGCCCUGGCCCAGGCCAGGGAGCAGGGCUCUCAGAGGACUCAGCAGCUGAGUGUGUGCCAGGCGGAGGUUCGCCGCCUCAGAGAGGAGGUGUCCACCGUCACCCAGCUCAAGGACAGCAGUCUGGCAGAGGUGCUGCGUGUGCAGACGGAGGCCCGGCAGCAGGAGAGGGAGGCUGGCUGUGAGGCCCAGCGGAGGCAGCGGGAGGUGGAGCAGCUGGAGCAGAGAGCAGCCAGGCUGGAGCAGGAGAUGCAGGCUGCCUACACCCUGGCUGGACACAGGGGGAAGGAGGUCCAGAAGAGGGACGCCCUCCUGCGCAGGUCCCAGUCCGACCUGCUGGAGGCCCGGGAGGCGCUGCGGGGGCGGGCGGGCGAGCUGGAGCGGCAGGGGGAAGCGGGGCCGCGGCCUGGAGGCCGAGCUGCUCCGGGUCCGGAGGGAGGGCCAGCAGAGAGAGGCGGAGGGGGCCGCUCUGAACACCCAGCUGCUGCAGCUGAGAGAGGAGCUGAGGGAGGCCCAGGGGCGCUGCAGGGACACGGGAGUUGGCUCGGCAGGAGGAAAGGGUGCUGCUGGUGGAGGGGGGGGCAGCGGCGGGCGCAGGAGCAGCUGGCCGAGAGGGUGUCGGAGGUGGUGAGGGCCGAGCAGGCCCAGAGGAGCCUGGAGGCAGAGCUUCGCUCCCUGAGGGAGGCGCUGCCUAGCGCUCAGCAGGAGCUACACCACGCCAGAGCCCAGGUGGAAAGCUUGCAGAAGGAGGCGGUUGAGAGCAGGCAGGCCCAGCUGAGCGCCCAGCAGCAGACUCGACUCCACCAGCAGGGGGAGCUCCAGCUGGAGGCAGAGCUGGCCCAGACCAGAGAGACCCUCACCUCUCUACAGCAGCAGCUGCAGGAGCAGGCUGGUGGCAGCCAGGCGCUGCGGGCAGAGCUGUCAGAGCAGCAGGCCAGGCAGGAGGAGCAGCAGAGCCGGCUGCACACAUCCAAGGAGAGAGAGGCGGCACUGGAGACAGAGAGAGACCAGCUCCACACCCGCCUGGACACGGCUAACAACCAGCUGAGGAAACAGGAGAGCACCAUAGGCAGCCUGCAGGGCCACGUGGCUGAGCAGCAGAGCGCCACCCAGAGGCUGCAGGAGGAGCAUGCGGCGGGCCAGGCCCAACUGCAGGAGUGCAGGGGGCAGCUGGCGAGCAGCGAGGCCCAGGGCCAGACACACAAGAGGGAGCUGAGCCAUCUGCAGAAGGGCGUGUCCAAACUGAAGCGGGCCCUGGACGAGGCCCAGGCCAGUGGCAGGCAGGGAGCGAGGGACACGGCUGCAGCAGAGCAGAGGGUGAAGGAGCUGAGGCUGGAGCUGGCCUCCACACAGGCCUCCCACAAAGAGAGCAUGGAGCUGCUGGCUGAGAGGACCAGAGAGGCGGCGGGCCAGCGUAGCGAGCUGGGCCGGCUGCAGCAGAGGAGCGCUCAGCUGGUGGAGGAGCUGGCCGGGCAGGAGGACAGGAGCAGGGUGCUGGCCACAGAGCUCAGCAGGCUCCACAGCACCAGCUCACACUCACAGGACGAGGCGCGGGCGUGCCAGGCCAGGCUGGCGGAGCUGCGAUCCCAGCUUGGGAGGGCUGAGCGCUGGGCUCAGGAGAGGCGCUCCAGCCUGGAGGCCAGGGAGGAGGAGAUGCUGCUGAUCAAGGUGGAGAUGACCUCCCUCAGGGAGAACUACCAUGCCAAGGUGGCUCAGGUGGAGGCCUUACAAUCCCAGCUGGAGUCUCUGAAGCAGAAGUACAAAACGGCCACUAACGAGGUGGAUGUGCUGCGUCAGUCCCUGGGGGAGGCUCGCGCUGACAGCAGUCGUCUCCACACAGAGAGUGAGCUGGUGGUCUCCAACGUCAACCAGUGGGUGAAGGAGCAGAAACAGGCCAGCGACGCUCUGGGCCACAAGACCAAGGAGCAGAGCAAGAAGAUCAUCCACCUCACCGCUGAGAGGGAUCACCUGCAGGAGAAUGUGGACAUCCUUCACAGGGAGUCGAGGAGGCUGAAGGCUGAGCUGGACGACAGGAGGAUGGAGGUGGAGAGGUGCAGGGCUUCUCAGGUCAGCAGGGGUGAGCUGCUCAGUGCCCGGGCCUGGCUCCCCGCCCCCCAGGUCCACCCAGGAUCUGCUCUGGCUGUGAGAGGAGCCUCGACUGGUCCGGAGGAGAGCCUGCACAGGAGGACGGCUGCCCACCUCCAUCAACGCUAGUCUGUGCCUGCCUGGCAGGGAGAGGGCCCACGUUUGCAGCUGAGGUGGCCAGGAGAGUGGCCCUGCGGGCCCUGGAGAGGAGGGCCCUGCCCGAGGCCCACCACCCUGCCUGGGGCCCGAGCCGGAGCAGGCCACGCUCUCUCAGCUGGGGCGGAGCAGCCUCACGGAGCUCAGGAAGACAGCCUGGCAGUGACAGAGCUGUUAGAGGGGGAACCGCUGUAGCUAGCUAGCUCGUACAGAGGAUUAUAAGAGGUGUUAAUGCUGGGCUAUAAAGGAGAUUUUAUGACACUUGAAUCAUUUUAUCAGGCUUUGCUUUUCUACUUUUCACUAUUGUUAUUUUAUUGUUUAUUCAAUUUGGGGGGUUUAUGUGUUACUAUCAGGGUUAAAUUAUUUUACUUUUUCAAGAUAUUGUAUUUUGGAAGUAAUUAAAUAUUGAUUUAGUAGAAUUCACUAUGUUGAGAGAAAUAUUGAUUCAAACUAAUUCUUCAUAUCUCCUCAUAUUCAUCCACUCAGGGUCCAUCUUAAUUGCAGGUUCACAAACAUUGUUGUAGAGUAUUGUUAGAGAAAUAAAAUGUGCCUUACUACCUUAAAUGUCUCAAAUGUGAUAAAUGCAGAGAAAUUUUAAGACAUUGUACUUUUUUAUUCUAAUUCGGGACAUAUUGCAAUAGCAUCUCAUCCAGUCGCAUGCAGUAAAUUGAAUCCCUGGGGAUCCUGUUGUUAGUCCUCUGUAUUUUGAGGACAAUAUCUCAAGUUGUACUCAGAGCCACCUAGUCCUGGAGCAGUUGGACCGUGCCUGCCUGUGCAUCUUAAUGAAUGUGC